AUGUCAGAGGCGUCCCCAGAUAACAUUCCGGCGUUGGGACCUGGCCAACCUGACCAAUCCAAAACAUCUCGCGAGGCUUCUCCAGCGCGCAAUUCUCGCACUGUUUCUCAAAUCCCUCAGCUGUCGCGCUCGCGCAAGGGAAGCCAGGAGUUCAGCCCGACACGGAACAGUGGUAUAGCUGGGUCCCUAUCGACCAUACCUUCAGCCGCUGCCGUCCAGCGGGCCCUGUCUGCCCAAAGGCCGAUUUUGCAGCCUUCCACUGUUGAUUCAGUGCUCGAGGGCAGCCGUCCCUCUGAACGACAAAUGAAAACAAGUCAAAAUCCGCCAUCGUGGCCAACAUCGCCCCGACUGAAGUCUCCUCCUCCUUCGAAGACUGGCGCAAAAACACCGUCAGUCAAGCGGAGUGAUUCAGACCAAAUGCCGUCAAAUACUUCGCUGAAAAGACUGGCACCUGUCUCUCACCCUGACCAAGCCGCUGCCAUGCAGAUACCUGACACUCAUGAACAAAACGGUCCUCAUUCCAGCUCGAGAGUAUUGGGUCGAGGCCCAAGUACUACACUCGAAACAGUGGCGGAAAACAGCGUCCCGACGACUCCUGCAAUCGGUCCGAUCUCGGCUUCGCCGCUGGAGCAGAAGAUGGAUGUGGCAUCCCUUGACCAGCGACUAGAGCCGCGACCUGAACCAUCGGUCGCUAAAGAUGGAGAAGGUAGUGGCGGCGACGGCCCUUUGAAAGUCACCGCCGCCAAAACAGAAAGUGGCCGGAGGUCAAGGGCCCCAAGCAAUUCCCGAUCGGCUUCAGAUUUAGCAAAACGCUCUUUCACCAGCCUCACGGCGGCCAAGACCAAGCCCGCUGGAGAACCUCCCCGAACCAUGACCGUGGAGACGGAGACUGUUACUUCGAUGCCUCAAUUGCUGGGUCCUGACAGAGGUGCUUCAGGCAGGGAUGGUAACGGUAGUGUUAGGACCAAACCAAGCAAUGAAACCAUCCGGCCCAAGAAGGAGAAGAAAAAAUCCCGCAAGCCUCCCUCGCUGCAUGCUGGCACAGUAACUUCCAAAGCCGACCUGUUCGAGGCCAAGGUUGCCAGCGCUGUGGACGAAGCCGAUUCCUCUGAUUCGGAUGAGACUUUCGUGUACGAGUCGAACCCACCAGACAGCAGGCCGGCACGACAUCACUCUCGAACACCCAGUGCCACGUCCCUGGCCAGUCAAGAACAAUUUGGAAAUCGCAACAAACACGGCCUCCGCAGCGGCAGUCAAGCCAUAACUGGGAAGAAGAGUAUGAAAUUUUCGAGCAGCACCUACAACAAUCACCUGGACGGUGAAUCUGGGCCUGAGGGACGGGGAAGUCAACGCAACUCUAGUUCGACGCCUCGUCAUCAUCACAUCAGUCGGCAUGGACGACCUCACCACACCUCGAUCUUGGACACGGAGUCACCUUUUACCCAAGCGACCAAGACCAAUCCCUCGCGUUCAACGACCAACACACCCACUCGUUUCUCUAGGCCUAACAGCCCCCGGACCACCAACGGACGGCUGCCCGGCGCCCUGCGUAAGGGGGAGCCCUUUGAUGCCUAUGAGGAUGCUGUCGCCGACGACGAGAGGGCGCCUUUACUUGGAUCGGUCCGCGUUAAUCGCACAAGACACAGCCGUCGCCCGCACAGCACGAGCAUUCGGCACCUCGAAUACAACGACAUCCAUGAUCGCGGCUGGUGUGGUGGGUAUAGCGGCUGCAUUCUCCUUGGGCUUGUUAUUCUCCUGAUCUGUGUUGGUAUUACGACGUUUGUGAUGGCCCUCAACCGGCCGCUGAUGGAUGUUUCUAUCAAACACAUCCAAAAUGUGCUUGCAUCGGAGCAGGAGCUUAUGCUUGAUCUAGACGUCUCGGCGAUCAACACGAAUCUUUUCCCUAUCACGGUCAGUGACCUUGAUGUUAACCUGUUUGCCGAGAGCCCUUAUGUGGGCUCGACAUCCAAUUGGGAGGGGCACGGCCAAAGGAGGGCGCUCCGCUGGGUCAAGCGAGGAAGCGCAGAUAGCCUAGGGUUUGACUGGCCGCCGUGGCAUUCUGACGAUGGGGUCGAUGAGGGUACCGACCCGAUUGACGACCCUGAGCCAGGCACGCAGAAAAUGCUGCUCGGAAGAGUGCUCGUCUUCGAUUCGCCGUUGGUCUUUGAUGCGUCACCAGUCCGACACAGUCACACUUCUUCUGUUGGUGAGAUCCGGCUUGCGAGGCCGGGCAACAAGACCGAAGUUGGGGGAAGCGCGCGUUGGGAGAGAGUACUGCAACACCCGUUUGAUCUUAUUGUUAGAGGCGUGAUCAAGUAUCAACUACCUUUGAGCUCGAAAACGAGAUCUGCCAAGAUUGGCAGCCGAGUCAAGGUGUUACCCAACGACGAUAAAUCAGGAGAUGAGCCCGAAAGGUCUCCGACUGAACCAAAGACCUAG